AUGGAUUACAACGUGUUUUAUGAAUCGAGAGGUAAAUCUCUUCUAUCAUGCAAAAUUAAUAAUGUGGACUGUAUUGUCAAAAGAGUGAAGCAACAUGAAGGAGUAAAAUCAAUUUUGAGUUUAUAUUUACCUAGUGAUAAUCCAGAUUAUUGCUUCACACUGAAAGGAACAUGUUUGGGAACAAUGUUAAGAAAUGGGCAAGUUGACCAAGUUGACAUUUUUCAAUUUGUGAAAGAUUUACUUGGCACACUUGUAUUAUUGGAAAGAGGAAAUAUUACACACAAUGAUAUCAAACCAGAUAAUAUUGUCCUAUAUGAUGGACAUUGGUUUCUUAUAGAUUAUGAACUGUCAAAGUCAUUCAAACUGAAACGUGGAAAAUACUUCGAUUGCAACAAUGGUAAAUUGAGAUGUGAAAGAUUUUCUAGAGGAUAUAGACCUCCAUAUUCAAGUUGUGAAAAUAUUCUAUUGGAUGCAAGUGAAAGUUAUUCCACAGAUGGAAAACAAAUUUCCUAUAAAUGGGAAAUUGUAUCUUCCAACAUGAUGACACUUCCAAACAAUAAUUCAAGCAAACUGUCAAUCACCUAUGACAGUAUAAAUGCUGGAAGUCAUACUUUCAAAUUGACAACUAGAAGCCAAAUUUUGAAAACAUCCUCAUCUAAGCAAGUCACAUUCCAAAAGUUGAAUUAUGCAACACCUGUCAUUUCUAUUGAAGGAAGUGACAGCCUUUCACUUUCAACAAGAAAGAAUUAA